AUGGACGAUCCCUGGGGCUCUUCACCAUGGGCAGACGAAGCACAAUUAUCGGAUUCCGUUAAGACCAAGGCAGAUACGGAGGGUACUCCUCGACCUACAACCCCCGUCCGAGCGCCAAAGUUGGGACUCGAUGACAGGAUAACCUCCCCAUGGGGUGACAACAAUGAUAAUGAUGGAUUUGGGGAUUGGGCUACUCUCCCGGGGGACUCUGGGCAGAACUUGGCACUUGAUGGAGCAGAUGAUAGCUGGGAUCCCCAUUCCGCACGUACUGGGGAUAUGAAGACUGGACAUUACAAUGCGCUAUCUACUGAAUGGGAUUUUCAUCAUCCUACGGACAGUGAUAAGUCUCCGAGUCUAGCUCCAGAUCCAUUUCCAAGAAGUCCGGAGCUUAUGCGACAACCUUCGUUAGAUCCGUGGGCACAAGAGAUUCCAGAAGAGCACAAUGUGGAAGUUAAGGAGGCCCCAGAAGCCCACGACGAAGAAGCAAGAAUCAAUGUUACACUACUGGAAAACGAGUCGGCUGGCGGCCCAGAAACACCGACGAUACAGUCCUCAAUCGAAACAAUGCCUGACCUGGAGUCUGACAAUGUAGAAAGUGUCACAACUGGAGGAGAUAUCCCUGGCGAAGCCAGCGAAACCAAAGAUCACGAUCUCAAGGAUUCUAAGGAGAAGACUUCAGAGGGAAACCCUGGCUCAGAGAGUCAAGAAAGUGAUCCAGUAUCAAGGCCAUCGUCGUCACCUUCAGAGCGUAGUCACCACGAUGAGCUCCCGCAGGAGUCACCAAGGACUUCAUUUGAUGAAGAGCCAAAGCCCAAUCGUCCCCAAAUUCCACGGAAAGUGUCAACCAAAGUCCAAGAACUGGUGCAACAUUUUGAUACACUCGCGAAGAAAGAGGAUUUUGAGCCAAUUAUAGUCCGGGCCACAAGUGCGCAGGGUACAAAUAUGCAGGAAGAUUCCGAGGAGGACGAUGAUUUUGGAGAUUUUGAAGAAGGUCAAUCAGACGAUGAUGUACCAGAGGUAGAAGAAAGUCGACGUUCGGAGCAGUCUUUGACCCAAACCUCCGUCAAGGAGACGUCCCGGCAUCAACGAUCUCCAUCUUUGGAAAACGCCUUGACGAAAGACUACGGGGUCGUUGUUUUCAAUAUCGAUCCCUCCCAGUUGGAUGGACUAUAUCCUAGUGAUACUCCAGAUUCCACUUCGGGGGCUAUUUUCAUACCUGACUCCAUUCCCUUUGACUCAUUCUCAUCUACUGAGCAGAGGAAGACUUGGUACAGAAUCUCAAGAUAUGGGACUAUGCGAAAACACAACGGCGGCAAUGAUGAAAAUUACGUCCGUGUGGGUUGGAAACCAUCUACAAUCCGAGACGAUACUCUGAAGAUCGUUUCGCGAUGGAUUGAGGAAGAUCGAAUCAGUGGCCGUGUGGUUCUAGGGGGUGGCAGUAAAGGGAGUACUGUCUUUGGAUGGAAUGAUCCGAAAUCACCGGCAGUCCCUCUUUCAGAUGUAUUCGUGAAGCAUGGCAAGAAAAUGACAAAUGCUAACAAUUCCGUGGAGGCACUUCCUGAGGUCCCUCGAGAAUGGCCGAAAGGGUUGGUUCGAGAGCGCUCGACGUCGAAAACAAGGUCUCCUUCUAGCAAACCGCGCAGAAAGAGCUCGGUCAAAGCUGCGUCUAUGCCGAUGCAUUUUGACAUGAAAAAUACUCCGGUUGCAUCAGUCGCGACUUUUGGAUGGAACUCGACCUCUGGAGCUGCACAGCCGCCAAGUACCACUUCAACAUCCUCUGGAACAAGGACUUCGGGCGUACUUUCUGGUUCGAUACCGCAUAUCAAUACGGCUUCCCCUCGUCAGAAGUCAAGAUCUCCCAACGCCAGCUUCACAUAUCCCCCUCAAAAUCUCAACUCUGCUUCACAUGUAACCAACAUCCUGGCUGCUACUAGCGUUGAGUCAGAAGCUCCACACACUCAGAAGAAUGUAUCGCCUCCGGCCCUUUCAACGUCAAAUGCUGUGAUAGAUGAUGAUGAUUGGGGCGAAAUGGUGUCAACACCAGCCACCCCAAAUCUGCCUUCCCUUCCAGCGUUGAAAGGGUUGCACCACAAGCAAUCUCAAAGCCGUGGAGAAACCGUUGGUGAUUUCCCGCAAGGAGGGAUUUUGAGUGGGAGGAUCGACGGCCCGCAAGCAACAAAUCACCGGCCGACAAACAGUUUUGAUGAGAUUCUAGUUCCACAACCUUCAGCCCCUGCUUUAAUGAACCCCUCCAUCGUCUCUAAUGUGGAUUUCUUUUCUCCUCCUAGGAACAGCAUCGAAAGUCCUGCAGCUGUGUCGACUUCAGAUCCAUGGGCAUCAGCGGACUUUUCAUUCUUUGAGACCACGCCUGCUUCUGCACCAAAACUCGUACCAAUACUCAUGUCAACGGCGACAGGGCCAAAAAGUGUCAAGUUCAACACUCCGCUCCCAUCUUCUCCUCGAAGAGACCAUAAAUCGCGCGAAGAGCUGGAGCAGGAUCGAAUGGUGCAAAAAGUUGUGAAGGGAUUGCCAGACUUAUCGUACAUGUUAAGGAAGUGA